AUGGGUAGUGAGGAAGUGUGGUGGGAUAAGCAGAUCGGGAUUAUGUUCGGCCGAGGGGAUUGGGCUAGGGUUAUGAAGUCAAAAACAGAGGAUGAGUAUGAGAAAAAUGUAGCCAAUAUGAUGGAUCAGUGGGGUGAACUUGGCAAAAACACAUCCAUUGAUUUUCCUACCUAUAUCAACGGAACUUGGCUUGUGCACAAGGAGAAGUUUGUGCAAUGUUGGACGGAUCGAGUACGACACUUUGGCAACACAACCAACAACAGAUGCGAGAGUUCACAUUCGGCUUUCAAGGAGUGGAUUGCUACUCCAACCGAAGCAAUCGACACAUUAUUUAUGCAGAUCGAUUCUUUUAUUGCCGGACAGUUGAUGGAGAUCAGAAACUCCUUGGAAGCCUCCCAUCGUAGUCAUGGGACUGAGUUUGACAUACUACCAUAUAGCGCCUUGAACGGUGUUUGCUCUCAGUACUGUUUGGAGCUGAUUCAGGAUGAGUUUGGUAGAAUCAAGGGCUAUGAUGGGGAUUGGAGUAGAUGCGGAUGUGUAAUUCAUAAUACACAUGGUAUUCCGUGUGCUUGUUACACCUUCUUCGCCGUGCAGAACGGGCGUCUCCUAUACUGUCAGGAGGUUGAUCCAUUUUGGUACAGACUAGCCAUUGGUGAUGGUACAGAUUCAGCUAAGAUAUUAUCUGAGCGCGAUCAGGACCGUCAGUUCUUCAUGUCAUUAGUGACCAAGGUACAGGCAAGGGAUCCCGCAAUCAUGAGGUCUGUUUCUCAGGUACUCCAACUUGAAUUGUACCCCGACCGUCGUUCAUUUGAGGAGCCAGAAGUUAAUACGACGAGUAAAGGUCGGGGAAAGUUGAACAAGGGCUUGCGAUGGAACAAAAGUGGGUUUGAGCACGUUAUGGGCAAGUCUACGAGUAGUGGCAAAUCUUCUGCGGCCACUGGUAAUUAUACGUAUAUCUAUUUACUUUAA